AUGGAUCACUGGAGUUACCUUACUGGGGCACCCUCCAAAACCACAUUGGUACUGACAUACAAAAGUAAUCCUUACAAAUAUUCUGCAAAUGCUGCAAACAUCACGUCCUCUGUUGUGAGAAUUGUUAUAACUGACAGAAGAGGAAAUGACGUCAGACUGUAUGAUCUACAGGAUCAGUUAACGACUACAAUGGACCUCAGUCAGGUCUUGUCUGGAAAUACUGAAUGGAUAGACAUGAAUCACAACGGAGAGGAAUGGAAACUUGUGGCACAUACAAAUUUAUCAGUGGAGGCAAUGGUCGUCGAUAUAAAGCUGAAAAGUCGGUACGACUGUACUCUCUAUGGGCUGUUUGGUUGGACGGGGUAUCCAUCACGUAGAUCGUAUAAUAUCAAGGUGGUCACCCGAGGUGACAACAAGAUUGUUAGGAAGAGCCCGUGGAGUCUACCUUUAUUCUACAAAGACAGCGAACUUCAAAUUACAAUCUAUAACACUGAAUUUAUCGAUGGAGGGUAUAUACCUCCCUUGUUGAUGACCGUGAAAUGUCAAGAAAUCCACCAGUACCGGGUCUUGGAUCUGGAAUCUUACUACCUGGAGAAUGACGACUGGAGCAAAAGUAAUAAAGCAAGGGUAUAUAGUGUACAGGGGACGAAUGUUGUGAUCAAAAACUCUUUUUUCGGGACUUUUGCUGCCAACUCUUUAUUUAUCCCUCCAAGCCCAAUCGAUUUUGAUAAAAUCUUCGAGAACUUCCUAGAGAGGCUGACCAGCACUCCUCAUGUUUUAGUGGCGAUUAUCAUUGUACUGCUGGUAACUAUACCGGUCAAUGUAUUCCUCCGCCGGGCAGAUAAAGAGGACCAUUACAGGUGGCUAUACCUUCCUCUUAUUGAUAACGGUGAGGGAGAAACCUGUAUGUAUUUCCUCUCCAUUUAUACGGCGGUGCGAUCGUCGCGGUUCCUGACGUCACACUGUUAUUUUAAUCUUAAAGGCGAAAGUUCAACAACAGGCGACAGAAUUCUAAGUGAUGGGUGUCGGCAAAACUUUACACGUGGUACAUGUUGCAAUUUUCUUCUGACAACAAAGCAAGAAUUGGGACAGCUACAGAAGAUCACAGUUUGGCAUGACAACAAGGGAAAUAAUCCUAAUUGGUUGUUGUCUAAAAUCGUGAUAGAGGAUGCACUUACACGUGAAAAGUAA